GAAAGCUGUCCAAUCAAAUGUGAUGUUCGGAAAGCUGCCAUACUUUUAGCCCCUGUCGUGCAUAGACCCGUCCCCUGCUUUUGCGUCAGCAAAAUAAACAGCGGUGGAGCUAGUGUGUAUAGGGGUGGACUAUGCUCCGGAGGUUGUCGGCGACCCUGCGGCGGCCUCUUCUGUGGCCAGCCCCAGUUGCUGCUCAUAAGGAGUUGGUACGAUGCGCUUCCUCGGGCUCGGUAAAGGUCACCGUACCGCUGAACUUCUGGGCUGGCAAGAGAAGGGCGAGCCAAGAGAAGCUCAGUAAAGAAAAAGUAUAUGAACCUGCAACGGGGCAAGUCCUUUGCUAUUUGGAGCCAUGUGGUUCUGGAGACGUCGACGAGGCUGUGAAUGCUGCAAAGCUGGCCUACGGCCACUGGAGCAAACUGUCGGGGAUGGAGAGAGCACGGAUCAUGAUUGAAGCCGCUCAUAUAAUUGAGGCCCGCAGAGAGGAGAUCGCCGAGAUGGAGGUGGUCAACAAUGGAAAGUCCAUCACAGAGGCCCGUUUGGACGUGGACUCUGCCAGACUCUGUAUAGAAUACUACGCAGGGAUGGCCAGUACUUUAGCAGGUCAGCAUGUGCAGUUGUCCGGAGGAUCCUUUGCCUACACCCGCAGGGAGCCUUUGGGAGUCUGCGUUGGCAUUGGUGCCUGGAAUUAUCCUUUUCAGAUAGCAGCUUGGAAAUCGGCUCCAGCCCUGGCCUGUGGGAACUCCAUGGUGUUCAAGCCUUCGCCUGUGACUCCUGUCACAGCGGUCAUGCUCGCAGAAAUCUAUGCUAAGGCCGGAGCGCCAGACGGGCUUUUCAGCGUGGUGCAGGGCGGCGAGGACACUGGGACGUUCCUCUGCCACCACCCUGAUGUGGCUAAAGUGUCCUUUACUGGGAGUGUCCCCACCGGCAAGAAGAUCAUGGAGAUGGCAUCCAAGGGGGUCAAACCAGUGACUCUGGAGCUUGGAGGGAAGUCGCCACUGCUCAUAUUUUCAGACUGUGAUAUGAAAAAUGCUGUGAGAGGAGCUCUAAUGGCAAAUUUCCUGUCCCAAGGCCAGGUCUGCAGCAACGGUACAAGAGUUUUUGUUCAGAAAGAUAUUCUGCCCGAGUUUCUCGAAGAAGUGGUGAAACGAACACAGGCGAUAGAGAUCGGAGACCCGCUGAUGGAGAGCACAAGAAUGGGAGCACUAGUCAGCAAAGCACACUUGGAGAAAGUUCUCCACUUUGUGAAUCAGGCAAAGAAAGAGGGAGCCACAGUGUUGUGUGGAGGUGAACUGUAUGACCCAUCAGACCCUAAACUCAAAGGUGGAUACUACAUGACUCCAUGUGUGCUGGGCAACUGCACAGAUGAGAUGACCUGUGUGAAGGAGGAGAUCUUUGGUCCUGUCAUGUCUGUGUUGUCUUUCGAAACGGAGGAGGAAGUGCUCCAGAGAGCCAACAGCACCACCUUGGGUCUGGCCGCAGGGGUUUUCACCAGGGACGUGAAGCGAGCCCAUCGUGUGGUUGAACAUCUCAAGGCCGGUUCCUGUUUCAUCAAUAACUACAAUAUCACUCCGGUGGAGGUUCCCUUUGGUGGCUUUAAAAUGUCAGGUAUUGGGCGGGAGAAUGGACAGGUAACCAUAGAGUAUUACACCCAGCUGAAGACUGUGUUUGUGGAGAUGGGUGACGUGGACAGCCUCUUCUAGAAGAUGCACACAAAGAACGGUGAGGCCUUCGCUGAGCCACUGGCUGAUGAUCUGGACCAAGACAACUCUGUAAUCACUUAGUAAGAACGUCAACGGUAUUCAGAUGUGAAAGAAAACAGGCCUGGAUCAGUGGAAUUAUAUUGAUGAAGAUUAACAGAAGACUCUUUUUAAGCAGGUUGAGCCAAAAAAAAAA